AUGAUUGAACGAUGGCGAACGACUACCACACUGGUGUACAUAGCUGUAUUAUGGUCCUGCAUAUGCUGCGAUAAUGUUUGUUAUGCUGAUGGAUUUAAAUCACUAGUAAACGAUUAUUUCGGUGUUAAUCGAUUAGCGAACUCCUCAUGUCCGAUAGAAGUGUCGUUACGAUUUGAUCAUGAACUUUCUGGUAAACUUCCACUGAGUGGUACGACGACAUUGUCGAAUUCAACCCAUAGUCAGCCGAGGUCUACUGGGAACUGCACAAACAAUCUCACUGCUGCAGAUUCUCUUAGGCAUCCACCAUCCAAGCUUGCCACUGAAGCAGCUGAGAAUGAUAGCUCCGCCCAGAAAACGGCGGAAGAAGCGCACCAACCAAUUGUGACGUUUGAUGAGUGGACCAAGGAGAAAUUAAAGCAGGAGCAUAGAAAAGUUGUGCCGCCUUCACCAAUUUCCGAGACCGGCACACCGAAUGUUCGCACCCAACAUCUACCUCCUGCAGCUGCUGCAGCUCGUAACUAUGCUAGCAAGGAGUGUGGGGCUAAGGUGCUACUCAGUAACCCUGAAGCAGAAAAUACAAAAGCGAUAUUGAACGAAAAGGAAAAGGACGAAUACAUGAGGAAUCCAUGUGAAAAAGCUGAAAAUAAGUUUGUGAUUCUUGAGCUUUGUGAAACCGUUCAGCCUCGCAGUAUAGAACUCGCUAAUUAUGAGCUGUUCUCGUCCGGUCCACGUACCAUUCGAUUAUGGGCUGCGGAGCGGUUUCCUACUGGAGAAUGGCAACUUCUGACAGAAUUAACUGCUAUUGAUUCUCGACAAAUUCAACAGUUCCCCAUAGCUAGCAAUGGUGCUUACGUGAAAUUCAUAAAGGUAGAGCUCUUGUCUCACUACGGAAACGAGCACUAUUGUACGUUGUCGGUACUGAAAAUCCUUGGCAUUUCAAUGGUUGACGAAUAUGAAGCUGAGGCAGAGGCGGCUUCUGUAGCUCACACACGAUCCAAUGUGGGUUCUGUCGACCUAAAACUUAACGGCACAUCUACUGAAAGCACGGACACCGUUGUUAACCCUGCUGCAACUAGCCCGCAACACACGCAAGCGCAGGCAUGUCUUUCUUUCAAAAUUAGCGCCCAAUUUUUCCUUCAGAAGUGUUUUUUUCCCUCGCUGUUUCUUUCAGUUAAGGAAACCGGUGUUCAAACGGACGAGCCUCAACCUUCUACGAUCAAGGAGGAAACAUCCGAAUCGAAACCCUCAGUAAUAGGAAUUGUUGAUGAAGUAAGUGGAGGAUUGAUCAAGAAGAUUGUGGAUGUUGUGAAGGACAAUUUCGGAGGAGCUAAAGAAAGUAAUGAAAGUCAUUCUAGAGAAUAUAUGGUGUCGAGUUCGUUCAUGGCGUGUUAUUUUUGCCCGAGUGAUGGCACUUACAUUUAUCCACGACAGUUUUGCCACGCUUUUGUGUGGAAGUCGGCGUCACCACCGCCAUCUGCGAUACAGGAGGAGAUCAUUCCACCGAAACCUGCCGGAAAGGCUGGUCGUGCUCCAAGAUCUGCCGGUCGCUCCAGGCGAAAUCGUCUUGCAAACUUUCACCGCAGGUCCUUACAAAGGUUGCGUCCUGCGUUGCUCAACAACAGUCGAGCUACACCUCCAGCGGAGAAUAACAAGCAACAGGAGUCGCAGCCUUCAAAGGUCACGCCUGAUGCUCAAGCAAACGCUCGCGCUCAAGCAGUCCCUUCGGAUGCUUGGCCAGCUUCGUCAAUGAGUCACAAAGAAUCUGUUUUUAUGAAGCUCAACAAACGUAUUGCUGCACUUGAACUGAAUAUGUCCCUAUCUAGCGAAUACUUAAGUGAACUUAGUCGCCAAUAUGUAGCACAGACUGAUGAGCAUCAGAAACAUUUGAAACAAGCAAAGAAGGUUGUAGACGAAGCCGUCGAAACCAUUUACGCUCGUGUCAAUGACACACUGGCGGAUAAGAUAGCGGCGCUUCGUAAAGAGGUGGACACAUUAUCGGGCUGGCUCACAUCGAUGCGUUCGACGGUAUCUAAAAUGACGGUGCGACGAUAUGCAAGGGUUACAGAAGGUCCAGAGAAUGAAAAAUGCAUCCUCAAACAAACAGAUCUUCAUCGAUAUUCACCUCCGGAUGAUGGACUAUGGACGACCGAACAAGUAGUCUAUAUGGUGGUUUCUACGCAACUUGUUACUGUAUUGAUUCUCGCUCUCCUUAGUCUCUGUUAUCAACGUUUUGUUUCCCAACAGCGACAGCUUUCGGAGGGCCAAAGAGCUCAAGUUAAUGAGUUGAUCAACGAACGGGUUAUGGAAACGUUAGGGAAAAAUUGUUCUCUUUUGCAACUGUACGAUAAACAAAUGCUUAUUCGAAGUAAACAACGAAGCCCUCAUGUUGAAGAGACGAGUCCUUCGCGUUCUGAUGCAAAUGUGAAUUUCAUGGCGGAAUGUAGCUCGUCAUCUUCCGCAUUGCAUAGCGACGAAUCAAGUACUGAAGAAAUACCGAUAUCAGGUCGUAUGUUAAUGCCUUCUGAAAUGCGUGCAAUAAGUUCCGUGGCGCUGCUCACCUGA